AUGGGUCCUUCUCUGCUUCCGAAACAUGUAAUUGCAGUUAUAAAAUGUCAGAGAGAUCCAAUGAAAGCUCUAGAAAUGUUCAAUUCGAUGAAAAAAGAAGAUGGUUUCAAGCAUACUUUAUCUACUUACCGUAGUGUGAUCGAAAAGCUUGGCUUUCAUGGAAAAUUUGAUGUUAUGGAACAGGUAUUAGUGGAUAUGCGGCAAAAUGUUUGUAACCAUAUGCUUGAAGGGGUUUAUGUUGGGGUAAUGAAGAAUUACGGUAAGAAAGGGAAAGUUCAAGAAUCUGUAAAUGUGUUUGAAAGGAUGGAUUUUUAUGAUUGUGAGCCCACGGUUUUCUCUUAUAAUGCUAUUAUGAGUAUAUUGGUUGAUAGUGGAUACUUUGAUCAAGCUCACAAGGUGUAUAUGAGAAUGCGAGACAGGGGAAUUACGCCUGAUGUGUACUCGUUUACGAUUAGGAUGAAGUCGUUUUGCAAGACAAGUCGGCCUCACGCUGCUUUGAGGCUUCUAAACAAUAUGACUUCUCAAGGAUGUGAGAUGAAUGUGGUUGCUUAUUGUACGGUGGUUGGUGGGUUUUAUGAGGAGAAUUUUAAGGUAGAGGCAUAUGAGUUGUUUGGGAAGAUGCUUGAAUCGGGUGUUUCUCUUUGCAUUAGCACGUUUAAUAAGCUUCUACAUGUUCUUUGCAAGAAAGGAGAUGUCGAGGAGUGUGAGAAACUACUGGAUAAAGUUAUCAAAAGAGGCGUUUUACCGAAUCUGUUUACUUAUAACUUUUUCAUUCUUGGGCUUUGUCAGAAAGGUGAGCUUGAUGCUGCUGUCCGUAUGGUAGGUUGUCUCAUGGAGCUUGGACCAAAACCUGAUGUCGUCACGUAUAACAAUCUAAUAUGUGGCUUAUGUAAGAGUUCCAAGUUUCAGGAUGCGGAGUUUUACUUUGGAAAAAUGGUGAAUGAAGGGCUUGAGCCUGAUAGUUUUACCUAUAACACACUAAUAUCUGGAUAUUGCAAAGGUGGAAUGGUGCAGCUUGCAGAAAGGAUUCUAGGUGAUGCUGUUUUCAAUGGGUUCGUGCCUGACGAGUUUACAUAUCGCUCCUUAAUUGACGGAUUGUGCCACGAAGGUGAAACAAACCGUGCUUUAGCUUUAUUUAAUGAGGCCUUAGGGAAAGGAAUAAAGCCUAACGUGAUUCUUUACAACACACUGAUCAAAGGAUUGUCUAAGCAGGGUUUAAUUCUGGAGGCUGCUCAGUUUGCUAGUGAAAUGUCUGAAAAGGGAUUGAUUCCCGAGGUACAGACUUUUAACAUACUCGUAAAUGGGUUAUGCAAGAUGGGAUGUGUUUCUGAUGCUGAUGGUCUUGUUAAAGUUAUGAUCUCCAAAGGUUACUUUCCUGACAUAUUUACUUUCAACAUUUUGAUUCAUGGUUAUUGUACACAGUUGAAAAUGGAAAACGCACUUCGGAUCCUCGAUGUUAUGUUGGACAAUGGCGUCGAUCCUGAUGUGUACACUUACAACUCUUUGUUGAAUGGUCUCUGCAAAACUUCAAAGUAUGAAGAUGUGAUGGAAACAUAUAAAACAAUGGUGGAGAAAAGUUGUGCUCCAAACUUAUUCACAUUUAACAUACUUCUGGAGAGUCUAUGCAGAUACAAAAAACUAGAUGAAGCCUUGGGGUUGCUGGAGGAAAUGAAAAAUAAAAAUGUGAAUCCAGAUGCAGUUACAUUUGGAACAUUGAUCGACGGGUUCUGCAAAAACGGAGACUUGGAUGGAGCAUACAAGCUAUUCCGGAAGAUGGAAGAGGUUUAUAAGGUUUCAAGUUCAGUGCCAACAUAUAAUAUCAUCAUUCAUGCUUUCACUGAGAAGCUAAAUGUUACUAUGGCAGAAAAGCUUUUCCAAGAGCUGGUUGAUCGUUGUCUUGUUCCUGAUGGAUACACAUACCGGCUUAUGGUUGAUGGUUUUUGCAAAACAGGAAAUGUCGAUUUGGGAUACAAGUUUCUACUGAAGAUGAUGGAGAGUGGGUUUAUUCCAUCGCUCACAACGGUUGGACGUGUAGUAAACUGUCUUUGUGUGGAGGAUAGAGUUUAUGAGGCUGCUGGUAUUAUCCAUGAGAUGGUCCAGAAAGGCCUGGUCCCUGAGUCUGUGAACACCAUUUUUGAUGUUGACAAAAAGGAGGUGGCUGCUCCUAAGCUUGUCUUGGAGGAUCUGUUGAAGAAGAGCUGUAUUACGUAUUAUGCUUAUGAACUUCUGUUUGAUGGCCUGAGAGAUAAAAGGCUACGCAACAAAAAGGGUUUAACAGUGGUAGCCAUGUGA